CCUCAACACAACUCAAAAUGAACAGUCCGUACGCGAAAGAACUCACCGUAGCUAUUGGCGCUUUGAAAAAAGCUGCUCAAUUGAGCCAAUCGAUUGUUUCUGACAAAGAUAAAGGCGCAAUUGAGAAGGAUGACUUGAGUCCUGUCACUGUUGCCGAUUUUGCGGUUCAGGCGCUCCUCACAGCCACGAUCAAGAAUGCGUUUCCGGAGGACAAAGUUGUUGGGGAGGAGGAUGCUUCAGACUUGAGGCAGAAUUCUGUGUUGAUGGAGAGGGUCUGGCAGCUUUUGGAGGGAAUUGCUGAGGAUGAGGAUACAGUUUCGCUGUGCAAGUUGCCCGAGAGCAGGGAGCAGAUGUGUGAUCUUAUUGAUGAGUGCGGAGCUAGUAGCCCGUCUGCCACUGGGAGAACUUGGGUGUUUGAUCCAAUUGAUGGGACGAAGACGUAUCUUCUCGGUCAGCUUUAUGCUAUCAACAUGGCUCUGCUUGUGGAUGGUGAACAGACUGUUGGGAUCGUUGGUGCGCCGAAUUUGUCAAUUGACGCCCAGGCACCUCUCAAGAACGAAGACAUUGAUCCUAAAGACGAAGGAUGUAUCUUCUUCGCUGUCAAAGGUCACGGCGCUUACAUCCGCCCCCUACGAACUGAUCAACCAAGACGACUCCCUCUUUACACCAAUCAGGACACCAGCCUCGUCACCAGCUCAACAGUCGACUCCGCCCUCUCCGGCAUUCACGAAAUCGUCGCCUCGCGUCUCAACACUCCUUAUCCAGGAAACGACCUCCUGCCUUGGGUUCUUCGCUGGGCGGUUCUCGCAAUGGGUCUCGGCAACACGACAGUCUGGGUUUACAAGCGUCGAGAUCGAUACGCUAAAGCCUGGGAUCAUGCGGGUGCCAUGUUGUUGUUUGAAGAGACUGGUGGAAAGAUUACGGAUGUUCAUGGGAAGAAGAUUGAUUUGACAGCGGGGAGGAAGAUUAAUGCUAACUUUGGGUUUGUUGGUGCAAGGGAGGGGCAUGAGAGGGUUUUGGGAGUUGUGAGGGAGGUGUUGAUGGAGCAGGGGAAAGAGGAGUUCUUGAAGUGAUGGGGCGCUGAGGGGUGAUUGCGUUAUGUAUGUAGGAAUUGGAAAAGUGUAUUUCGCGAAGUUGCUUUGGAAGGGUCGUGUCUUGAUGUGCAGGAGUUGGUUGCUGUCAAAGGUCAUGUCCUCUCGCAUGCAUCGUGAGAUUAAGGGCUCAAUUGAAAGGGUGAUAUAAGUCUGGUUCCAGAUCCCAACGCGCACAUAUAGUUCAGAAAGCCCCUAGAUGAUAUCGCUAAAGUGCUAGAGUGUCAGCAUGGGUGAUGUUUCUGUGUG